AUGGCGGAAGAAAACGUCGGACUUCUUGGUGAGGAGGGUUUACGUGCUGGUGGGGGUCUUCGACUCGGGUGGGUUGCAGGAAAGUUUUUUGUCGUAAAUAGAAAUAUUCGUUUUUUGUUUUGUCUGCAUGCAAAUUUUGUAAAAAGUUAUUCUUCGCGAUUGCCCGACCUACAGGAUCCUGACGGUAUUGAAGUGGCGUUUGAAGAUGGAAAGCGUGGUGAUUUUGCCCGGGACCUUACUAAAUUGCACCUAGAUUUCGUAGCUGGUGUUGUACUCCGUGAACGUCUUCCUGCCUUUGAACGAAUGCUUUGGCGAGCUUGUCGAGGAAAUGUGUUUUUAAAGCAGGCUGAGAUUGAAGUGCCUCUAGAGGACCCAGUCACGGGCGAUAAGGUUAACAAGUCAGUGUUCAUAAUUUUCUUCCAAGGAGACCAACUCCGUACGCGUGUCAAGAAAAUAUGCGAAGGGUAA